AUGUGUCUGGGGGCCGCCCCAUGGGGCAGGUGCAGGGGCGGAGGCGGCCCCCUGCCGCGGUCGCACCAGGAGAGCGCCCGGGUCGAGCUACACCCGAGGGCCGGUCCCAAGGAGGAAGAUAGCGUGGGCGAGCUGCCCCGGCCUCGCAAUGGCUUCCAGGCCCCCCGGCCGCCUGGGGGUGGGGGCAAAAGGAGGAACAGCUGCAACGUGGGCGGUGGAGGCUUCAAGCACCCGGCCUCCAAGCGUCGCCGUCGGGUCAACUCCGAGUGCGACCCGGUUCUGCCCUCUGAGUUCCUGCUGGGGGGCAACAUCUUCGACCCCCUGAAUCUCAACAGUCUCCUGGAUGAGGAAGUGAACCAGGCCCUCAAUGCAGAGACCCCCAAGUCAUCGCCGCUGCCUGCCAAGGGCCGCGAUCCAGUGGAAAUCCUCAUCCCCAAGGACAUUACGGACCCACUGAGUCUCAAUGCCCAGGAUAGCGAUGCAGCCCUUGUGCUGGCUGCACCCUUCAAGUCGGGCCGAAAGCGCCACCGUCAUCGGGGGCAGCAGCGGGGGGGUGGUGGUGGUGGUGGUGGGGACUGCAAGCAGGCAACCUGCAAGUCAUGUGGGGCCAAUGGGGCCUGUCCCACCCCACAGCCCUAUGAACUCAACACGGCCAUCAACUGUAGAGAUGAGGUGGUCUCUCCACUGCUCCCCCUCGCUGCAGAGCAGCAGCCAGGAGUGGGCUGUGUCACCCCCUCCUGUUCCUCUGGCAGCAGCCGCCACCGCAAGCGGCGCAGGACUUGCAGCAAAUCGGAGGCAGCUGGGGGUGCCAAGCAGACGCUGCCUCCCCACACACUGGUGGCCAGCAAAGGUGGGGGCCAGGCAGGGAAGAGUAGCCCAGAAAAGGGGAAAGGCGCUGGGAGACAACAGGCACCCAUGUCCAAGCGCAGGAGACAACACAGAAAAUUCCAGUUGGGCAACUACUGCAAAUACUAUGGCUACCGUAACCCCAACUGUGAGGAUGGCCGGCUGCGGGUCAUGAAGCCUGAAUGGUUCCAGGGCAAAGAGGUGCUGGACUUGGGCUGCAACGUAGGGCACCUCACCCUCAGCAUUGCCAAGAAGUGGAAACCUGCCCGGGUGGUGGGCCUGGACAUUGAUGGAGCCCUGAUACACUCGGCCCGCCAGAACAUUCGCCACUACCUGUCCGAAGAGAUCCAGCAACGGCAGGAGGAAGAGGAGGGGGCAGAGGGAGCUGGCCCCAAGAGGAGAAGAAGCUGCUUCCCUGCCUCACUGACAGCUAGCAGGGGACCCAUUGCUGCCCCCCGGGUGCCCCAGGACGGGGCAGCUGCUGACUUCCCUGACAACGUGAUCUUUGUCCGGGGUAACUAUGUGCUGGAGCGGGACGAGCUGCUGGCGACGCAGAAUGCUGAGUAUGACGUGGUUUUGUGUCUCAGCCUCACCAAGUGGGUGCACCUCAACUGGGGAGAUGAGGGCCUGAAGCGACUGUUCAAGCGCAUCUACCGCCACCUGCGGCCUGGUGGCAUCCUGCUGCUGGAGCCACAGCCAUGGUCCUCCUAUGGCAAGCGCAAGAACCUGACGGAAACCAUCUACAGAAACUACUACCGCAUCAAGCUGAAACCUGAUCAGUUCACCUCUUACCUGACCUCCCCUGAGGUUGGCUUCUCCAGCUGCGAGCUAGUGGCCAGGCCACACAACAGCUCCAGAGGGUUCCAGCGCCCUGUCUAUCUCCUACACAAAGGCCGGCCCACCAGCCACUGAGAUACAGGGGAAGAAGAGGAUGAUGCACAGGACUGGAUGCCCCUUUUGCAUUUGGAGGACAGCUGGGCUGAGCCCAUCCAAUGUGGGGGUUAUAGGUCACUGUGGCCUGAGAUUAGCAGACACUGAACAUUACCCGCUUUCUAUACCAGAGGUGCCUGCAGGCACGUGGCCCCUCCAUGCAACCGAAUUUGUGGGGUGAGAGACUGUUCCCUCUGGAUGCUACUUAGCACUGCAGCCUGGUGCAGACCUUGGAUGGGGAUGGGGAAGGGAUUGUAGGCUGGGCUGUAGCUGCCCCCAUGCUGAAUUCUCAGUGCCCUCACCCCACUAUCAACUCCCAGCUGAAGGCUGGGGCUGCUAAUCCCUACCCCUCCCUGAGCUCAGUGCAUGGGGGGAGUUAAGUAAAAAUAGUAACAACAAUUUUCUCUUCCCUCUCCCCCGUUAAGGCAAGAAG